GUGUUCUUGGGUGGGCGAGGAUAAUUGUUCUAAACGAUGGAAGUUUAAAUAAAAAACAUUUGACAUUUGAAGGUUCUUUUUCUUAUAAAGGUGACCUUCACCAUAUAAAAUCCAUAGACAAUUUUCGGGUAGCCCAAUUUCGUGAUGAUCCGGAAAUACCAAAUCCGUCCUCUCGUCAUCCUAAUCAUCGUGAUGCUACCAUGGUCAUUUAUCGUGAUUCUGAUAUAAAACCAUCCAGUAAUGGUGAUGAUCGAAUAUGGUCAUGUGGAAUGAACGAACAAAUGAGUAAUUGGAAUCGGUCAAGUAGCAAACAUUUAAGAUACAGUGAUCCUUGGACAUUUGGAAUAAAUGAUAAUAAUAAAGUAGAACAUGAGGACUGGUUGUUCAAUUUCGGUUUUAAUAUUCGAACGAGUAAUACUGUACCUAAACAUAAAUUGUCAAAAAGAGAUGGUGCGGCCGCUGAUUGCACUUAUGUUCAAAGCUAUCAAUCAUCAGAUGCGGCCCGAAAACAAAUUCUUAGUGAUUGGGGAUCUGCAUCUGCUGUUUAUGAAAGAACUUUUAACGUCACCCUUGGUUUAAUCUAUAUCGAGAUCCAAGAUUCAAAUUGUCCUUCAACUCCUAAUCCAGCGUGGAAUAGACCAUGUUCAGAUUCGUAUAGUAUAAGCGAUAGAUUGAGUGAUUUUAGUCAAUGGAGAGGGGAUGAUGGCGCAGCAUUAUGGCAUCUAAUGUCAAAGUGCAAUACUGGAACAAAAGUUGGUAUUGCUUGGCUAGGGCAAUUAUGUCAAACUUCUGCAAGUUCACAAAGCAAUGGUACUGGCCAGGCCUUUGUUUCAGGAGCUGGUGUAUCUACAAUUGUUAAAGACGAAUGGAAAGUAGUUGCACAUGAAAUUGGACAUGGUUUCGGUGCAUAUCAUGAUUGCACUUCAACUACAUGCCCAUGCAACAGUGUCAACGAUCCCUGCGCUUGUUGUCCAUUGAGUCAAACAACAUGUGAUGCUGGUGGACAGUACAUUAUGAAUCCAACAAGUAACGUGCUCACAAAUGAUUUCAGUCCAUGUUCAAUCACUGACAUCUGUAGCACAUUUCCAAAUAUCGGCACUUGUCUCCAAGAUCCAGCUACGGCUUCAAAAACCAUUCUUACUGCUGCUAUGUGUGGAAAUGGACUGAAAGAAGCAGGAGAAGAGUGUGACUGUGGCACUGAUUGCGCAACAGAUCCUUGUUGUGAUGGAACAACUUGUAAAUUAAAAAAAGGCUCGCAAUGCGAUGAUACGAAUGAUCUAUGUUGCAGAAAUUGUACUUAUAAACCGGCUAAUGAGACUUGCAGACCUUCGGUUUCCUCUUGUGAUAUUCCGGAAGUUUGUCCUGGAAAUUCUGGGGAUUGUCCGCCAGAUGCGCAUAUUGCAGAUGGUACAUCAUGUGAAAACGGUCUUCAAUGUGCUGGUGGCAUAUGUACAUCAAAGGACUUGCAAUGUGCUACACGCGGUUCUCGUAUGGGAAUUACGAAAGCAUGUUCAAUGCCAUCUACGUCAUGUACUAUUAGUUGUGCUAAUCCGAAUGAUACAACCUCAUGCCUUGAAAUGAGCGGAUAUUUUGUCGACGGUACUCCUUGUGGAUUUGGUGGAAGUUGCGCCCAAUGUAUUUAUCGUAGGUCUAAAGGACGAGAUAAUAGAUUCAGAACACGUGUCCAUUCAAUGCCUCCAGAUGAUGCAUUGGCUGUAGGAAACAAUCUAUAUCCAAAUAAUGGUUCACGUUCACCAGGUUAUCAAUAUGGUCAAACAAAUCAAAUAAAUUCACCACCAAAUGCGUACAAUCACAUGCCGCGAUCUGCACCAGUACAGCAAAUGUAUUCCGGUUCAUCAAGCUCAAGAAAUUACGAAAGCCCAAGGAGUCCAAGGAAUUUUGAAACCCCAAGGAGUCCGAGGAAUUUUGAUAGCCCAAGGAGUCCGAGGAAUUAUGAAAGCCCAAGGAGUCCGAGGAAUUAUGAUCAUUUUAUAGAUCCUACACCUUAUAAUGGGUAG